AUGUCUUUGGAGUUGUCAAGUCCAGAAACGGAAGAAAUUCUUGGAGCGCAAUCGGCACCACGAAAAUUCCAAUGUCCGACCUGCUCACGGCGCUACAAACGGCGCGAACACCUCUCCCGCCACGCUACUUCGCAUACGGCAGAGCGGGCACACCGAUGCAAUUCUUGCAAUGGAGCUUUUCAGAGAGCCGAUGUUCUAAAGCGUCAUGUUCGAACUUGCAAUGGUGGGACCCCGAGAUCAGGGGCUCGCCGACGCGCCUGCGAUCGUUGUGUCCGCCAGAAGAAAGCGUGUAGCUCGCACGAUCCCUGCCAAGGCUGUGCCAAAAGGGGCAUUCUGUGCUAUUAUUCUCCAGUCUCUGAUAAUGUCGGAAACCUAGAUCAAACCCAAAUACUUGAUCCGACCCGACCUGUCAAAGAUGGCGAUCGAAAGGAAGACCCUGCUUCAUCAGCUGGCAUAACCUUGCCUUUUGGUAUUACGUCGGAAGAUUUGCAGGCGUUUGCAGCAAGCUCGCUGGAUGAUCUAUUAAAUUCAGGUGCCCUUGAGCAGGCUACCCCGAACUGGCCUCAGCUUCUUGAUCCGCCAUUGGGGCGGGUCAUUCGCGAGGAUCUGUCAGUGGCCAGCAGUAACCACCCACUCUAUUUUCUCGGCAGAAUUACAAGCAACACCGGCUUGGUUUUGAGCUUUGAAUGUGGAACCCAGGAUCAAAGAGAACAGAUUGCCUCUGCGCUGCAGUUUGAAUCUCUUCACGCGGUGAAUGCGAACAUGCCAGACCAGCCGGUGCCAUCCGGAUUGUCUCUGGGCCCAGUACCUCCUUUAUUGGAUAAUAUAAGUGAUUCCAGUACGGAAAAUUGUUUCCCGAUGAACUGGCUGAGUGAUCCGCUGUCUCUGAAGACUCACGACAUACUCUUGCUCAUUCAGGAGGUUGUGACGAUCAAACCUCGAAACAGUGCAGUGACGCUUGACUGGUCAGCGGCACUGAAAAAUGCAUGUCUGCAAUUCUUUUCACCAAGCAAUCUACGCAGGUUUCUAGGGAUGUACUGGGCCAUCUGGCAUCCGAACGUUAACUUUGUCCAUCGACCCACCUUUGACCCAGUGUCCGCGAAGCCUGCUCUUGUGGCCGCGAUGGCCCUUAUGGGGGCAUGCGUGUCACCAGAGCUGCCAGAUAACGAAGAUGCACGAAUGUGGCUGAACUGUGUGGAAGAGAUCGUGUUCAUCGACGAUGACUUUAACAGUGAUCUUCCAAAUUCUUCAUCUGGCAGCCUUGCCAUUCAUCGCAGGAAGAUUCAGAUUUUGCAAGCGGCAUUCGUAGUCUGCCUUUUCCAGACCUGGGAAGGUACAGACUCUAGCAAAGGCCGCAUCCGCCGUUAUCGUUUCGCCACACUAGUAUCUACUGCUCGAGACAUUGGAAUUGCGACAGCCACCCAUCUGAAUUACGCCGAACUAGCUAGGCAUGAAUUUGAAUGGAAAGAAUUCGCUGUCCGUGAGGAGCUCAUUCGGGUAUUUACAUGGAUCUUUCUUCUUGAUACCGCCUUUGUCAUAUUCAACAAUUUGCCGCCUCGCCUGGUAAUCAAGGAGAUGAAGAUGCAUAUGGCAUCUCCAGAGGCUUGCUUUCAAGCACCAACGGCCGAUCAGUGUCACAAUCAGAUUCUGCUUCACCUUCCAGCUGGCAGCUGCUAUUGGGAUAUCUCAUUUCGCGGUGCAUUUGAGUCAUUAUCAAAGAACAGCUUAUACCCUGACACGUGCCAAGCACUCGCCGACUUGGGAUAUCUGAAUCUAUUUGCCUUGACAUCAGCGAUUCACUCUCAGAUUUUCCAAUAUCGCAGCUCAGUGAGCACCUGGCAAAACCUGACUCCAGUCCGCAACACAUUGAGCAAUUGGCGGAGCGUUUGGCAACUCUUUUCUUCAACUUCAUUUUUCGGCAUCUCACCACACAUUACGGUCGAUGACCAACACCUUCGACCCGACAACAUGUGGAGGAGGAUCGGCUUCUCUCGGUUUUGUCAUGAAUAUUGGCUUCUUGCCAAUCUCAUGGCAGAGCGCCUUAUCAUACCAGGUCCUUUGCAGGGCAAUGAUUAUGGGCCUCUAGGAGAGGGCCCAUUGGAUCCUAUUUUGAACAAAUACGAUCAGACUAGUAUGCGACAGGUAAAUGAGCUUAUCAUGGGGCUUCAGACGUUUCAACUUUAA